CCUAAUAAAUUGCUUCAUACAGAGAGGAAUCUCUUGUAACGCAGAUCAUAGGGAUUGCUGUUUCAAACUGUUCAAACAUGGUUGUUCCAGGGCCCCAGGAACCAGCAGAGAACAUUUACUAUCCACCCGAUGGACUGUUUAUGGAUGCACAUGUGCCAGACCUUGAUGCAUAUCAUUCUCUAUACAAAAAGUCUAUUGAAGAGCCUGAAGAAUUCUGGGGAGAUGUGGCACAAGAGUUUUAUUGGAAGAAGCCUGCCUCAGGACAGAUGUUACAGUAUAACUUUGAUGUUACCAAGGGGAACAUUUAUGUGAAGUUCAUGGAGGGUGCAAGAACAAACAUUUGCUACAACGUUCUUGACCGAAAUGUGCAUGAGAGGAACCUUGGAGACAAAGUAGCAUACUACUGGGAAGGUAACUCACCUGAUCAUCACCUGACCAUCACCUACAGUCGGCUGUUGAGAGAAGUGUGCCGAUGUGCUAAUGCUCUAAAGCUGCUGGGUGUAAAAAAGGGGGACAAGGUGGCCAUUUACCUUCCCAUGAUUCCAGAGCUGGUAUACACAAUGUUGGCCUGUGCUAGAAUUGGGGCAGUUCACUCUAUUGUGUUUGCAGGCUUCUCCUCAGAGUCCCUGUGUGAGAGAAUCGUGGAUGCUCGGUGUAAUAUACUGGUAACAGCAGAUGGUGUUUACAGAGGUGACAAACUGAUCAAUCUGAAGAAGAUUGCAGAUGAAGCUCUGGAGCGUUGCAAGGGGAGCAUAUGUGUUCAAAAAUGUGUGGUGGUGAAACAUCACGCCUUCAUCACAAACACUGACGCUUCCAACAAACUACAGACCUCAUGGGAUGUUGAGUGUGAUAUUUGGUGGGAUGAUCUUCUGGAUGGGUUGUCAGAUGAGUGUGAACCAGAGUGGAUGGACUCUGAAGAUCCUCUUUUCAUACUUUAUACAAGCGGCUCUACAGGAAAACCCAAGGGGGUUGUUCAUACUGUUGCUGGCUACAUGCUUUACACAUCACUGACAUUUAAGCAUGUGUUUGAUUAUCACCAUGACGACGUGUACUGGUGCACUGCAGACAUUGGAUGGAUCACAGGCCACUCCUACAUCACAUACGGGCCAUUAGCCAAUGGAGCAACAAGUGUGCUCUUUGAAGGUGUCCCAGUUUACCCUCAUGUGGGCAGAUUCUGGGAGGUCAUUGAGAAAUAUGGAGUCUCUAAAUUCUACACAGCACCCACUGCUAUCAGACUGCUGAUGAAAUAUGGAAGAGAACCACUACAGCAGUAUGAUUUGUCCAGUUUGCGUGUGUUGGGUACAGUUGGUGAACCUAUAAACCCGGAGGCUUGGCUUUGGUAUUAUGAUGUUGUGGGGCAGAAGCGUUGUCCGGUUAUCGACACCUUUUGGCAAACGGAGACGGGUGGCCAUGUUUUGACCCCUUUGCCAGCAGCUACACCUCUGAAGCCAGGAUCUGCCACGUUCCCUUUUUUUGGAGUUCAGCCCGCUAUUUUAAAUGAGCACGGAGAAGAAUUAGAGGGGGAGGCUGAGGGCUAUCUGGUUUUCCGGAAACCCUGGCCGGGAAUCAUGAGGGGUGUGUAUGGGAAUCAGGAACGCUUCGAAAACACCUACUUCCGAAAAUUCCCAGGAUUCUAUGUCACAGGAGACGGCUGCCGGCGGGAUAAAGACGGAUAUUACUGGAUCACUGGAAGAAUCGAUGACAUGCUGAAUGUCUCUGGUCAUCUGUUGAGUACAUCAGAGGUGGAGGCGGCCCUUACCGAGCAUCCGUCAGUCGCUGAAGCCGCAGUGGUCAGUCGCCCUCAUGCGGUAAAGGGAGAGUGUCUGUACUGUUUUGUCACGCUGAAAGACUACAUCGAGUUUAACCGCACGCUAAUGGAGGAACUGAAGAGGAAAGUAAGGGAAAAGAUUGGACCAAUAGCCACCCCAGAUUUCAUCCAGAAUGCACCUGGCCUGCCCAAAACUCGCUCGGGUAAGAUCAUGCGGCGAGUCCUGAGGCAGAUCGCUCGCAAUGAUAAAGACCUGGGUGACCUCUCGACCCUGGCUGACCCUAAAGUCGUGGAUGUGCUGUUUAGUCAAAGGUGCGAGGCGGCUGCGUGAAGACAAUCUGAUAUCGCGAUGAUUUCAAAGCUUCGUUCACAUGUGUGAGCUCACCUGAGGUUAAAGACUUUGGGUUUGGGCUUAAAGUGAGCUCAGGUAUUGCUAGAUCAGAUCAUAAAACUUGAAAAAAUGGUACUAAAAAGCCCUAAAAGUUGUUUACAGGCUCAUAAUAAUAUAGGGAACCAUUUUAAGUGCUAAAAUCAUAUAGCGCUACACUGAAACCAUAUGUUUUGUCAUGUGUAUGGUUCAACAGUGGUGCUAAAAAUUGUUCCCCUAUGAUUACGAGCUUUUUAGUAAUUUAGCACCAUAUUUUUUGAGUGCAUAAUAAAGAUGAAAAGGUGUUAAUGCUAAAUUAUCAAACAAAACAUCGCCUCACGUUUGCCUCUAGCACACUAAACUUUAUUUACAAUACAAUCAUAUUUUGUUGAUUGUUUGAUUCUGUCAGAAGAUAGAUUAUGUAAAUGUUUUAAUUUUUGAUUUAUGUUUUAUAUAUUUUCCUGUAUGAAGGAUGCCUUGAUUUCCGUUAUGUUGGACAUACUUUGAAUGCACUUUCAAAAGAGUUUAUAAAUAACAAAAACUGA